AUCAUGGCUGUGGCUCACCCAGCACAUUAACCAUGAGGACCAGGGGCAUGGCUCUGUCUUCUGCCCUCUGUACAUGCACAGAUGUUGAAAAAGCUGUGGGAGCGUUUUGGUAUUAAGAUAUUUGGCCAGUGCUCCUUCUGUACCCUGCCUGGGAAUUCAAAACACAGACAUGGAAAGUGAAUUUGUCAGACUGUUCAUUGCAUCAGGUCUUCCUAUUUUAUUUCUAUAACAAAGAAAUGGGAAUAAAACUCAUGCAUUCAUUCUCGAAUGUCAUGGUGCUGUGCUAUUCAUUAAAUCUGAGAUUUCUGGUCUCCUUGAAACAGUUUACAUCCAACACUGAAAGAUGACAAUUCGUUAUCAUAAUUUGUAUACAUUAGAUUUUCUCAACACAAUGGCAAUUUGGGAUUUAUCCUUGCUUGUAAUGUACAUUUCAGCUAACACAGCACCUAAUUUAUUUUUGUUAUUGUGUUUCUGUUUCAUGACACUGCAAAGUAAAGAGUUCAGCCUGAGAACAUGGCACAGCUAUUUCGAUGGAUCAGAUAUUGUUGGCACCACCUGAUUUCUGCAGAGGGCAAGCGCUGUAGCAAAACCAGGAUUAGACUCACCUCUCCAGGACAUGAAAGUUUGCAGGAGGCAGCCAAGAAAAUUGAUAAUCAGAGGACUGUCAUACCAUGUGUGGAGCAUUUUAAGGAAGAAUAUGAGAAAGUCUCUAAGCUGUAUAUGAACAACAAAAUACGGACUACAAAGUACAGGUUAUGGAACUUUAUACCAAAGAACUUAUUUGAACAAUUUCACAGAGCCGCCAAUUUAUAUUUCUUAUUUAUCGUUCUGCUAAACUGGGUUCCCGUGGUGGAGGCCUUUAGAAAAGAAAUCACAAUGAUCCCUCUCACAGUGGUGCUUACAAUUAUUGCUGUGAAAGAUGGCCUGGAGGAUUGCACAAAGUACAAAUUAGAUAAAAAGAUAAAUAACUUUGUUACCCAAGUCUACUGUAGCAAAGAAAAGAAAUACAUAGAGAAGUUCUGGAAAGAUGUCAAUGUUGGUGACUUAAUCCGACUGUCUUGUAAUGAUGAAAUUCCCGCUGAUAUGGUGCUGAUAUAUUCAAGUGAUGGAGAUGGAAUCUGUCACAUUGAAACAUCAAGCCUUGAUGGUGAGACCAAUCUAAAACAGAGGCAGGUGGUAAAAGGAUACGCAGAGCAGAACACUGAGGUUGAUCCAGAAAUGUUCUUAUACAAAAUACAGUGUGAGUCCCCUAACAAUGAUCUCAGCUCCUUCCGGGGCUUCAUGGAGAGUUCAGAUAAUGAGCGAGUGGGGCUGAGUAAGGAAAACCUGCUGAUGCGAGGAUGCAUUGUCAGAAAUACUGAAGCCGUUAUUGGCAUUGUGGUAUAUGCAGGUCAUGAAACCAAAGCGAUGUUAAACAACUAUGGGUCUCGUUACAAGAGAAGCAAACUCGAGAAGAUGAUAAACCAUGAUAUCAUCUGGUGUGUUCUGCUUCUACUAGUGAUGUGCUGUAUAGGGGCAGUGGGUCACGGACUUUGGUUAAAUGCUGGUUCAGAUCCACCUCUCUAUAGUAGCGGAAAACCACUUUCUCCAAAGCUGGGAGGCUUUUUAAUGUUUUGGACAAUGAUUAUUUUGUUACAGGUAUUGAUCCCAAUUUCGCUGUAUGUGUCUAUUGAAUUUGUCAAACUGGGCCAGAUCUAUUUUAUCCAGAAUGACAUAGAUUUAUACGAUGAAGUCGCUGAUACCAGGAUUCAUUGUGGAUCUUUGAAUAUUGCUGAAAACCUCGGGCAGAUAGAAUUCAUUUUCUCUGAUAAGACCGGGACCCUCACGGAAAACAAAAUGGUUUUUCGGAGAUGCAGCAUUGCAGGACAGGAAUAUGGCCAUGAAGAGAAUGCUAAGAGGCUAGAAGCAUAUCAAGAAUGUGAUGACGAUGAAGAUGAGACGCCAUUAUAUUCUUCUCACAGCUCUUUGAAGCCUCUCUCCAAAGCAGGGUUUUUCAGCCGCAAAUCAAGUGCAUUUCUGGGAAACAAGUCUUUGAGCAUGUUUCGUAGCACCACUACUAUGGGUGCCCCAGCCAUGAGACAACUGGCUUUCAGUAGCCCGCUUGAGACAGAUGUGGUACCAGACAUGCGACUUGUAAUGAAAUUUAACCGAAUCUCAUUCAAAUACUAUACACAGUUUGACUUGGUAGAGCCAAUGCCAGAGUUAGUGUACAUCAAUGAAUUCUUCACUGCAUUAGCUAUUUGCAACACGGUUGUUGUUUCAGUACCUGAUCAACCACGUCUAAAGGCAAGUACCCAAGAUGUUCCACAGCGUACAUCAAUCUGCUGCAGAACAAGAACUCUGUUGGUGCCUCUUGUUUGCACUGAGAGAAUCGAAGCGAGGCGGUGGUCUUCAGUAGUCAGAAUGCCUGUGUUACCCACCGUUGAUUUUAGACACAUGUUACAGAAGUUGUCAUCCCGAAAAAUUAGUCCCAUAUCCAUUCAAACUGCAACCUCAAAUGAAGUACAUUCCGAGCACUUCAAGAAGCAACCCAGGUUGUCUGUUUUUCAUGUCAAGUUUCCGUCCAUUGUGUCUUAUGACAACAUCAUCUCUCCUGAGGGCUCACCAAUCUCAGUGGUAUCUGGGCAGGAAACAAUACCGCCUGCAAGUUCCUUCAAUGAUAGCAAUGAGGAAGAGGCUUGUGACCCAGUGGCACCACUGGAGCAGUCUUAUGAAGCAGAGAGUCCUGAUGAAGCCGCGCUAGUCUAUGCUGCCAAGGCUUACCAAUGUACUUUGAAAGCCAGGAACCCAGAGCAGGUGACAGUGGAAAUGGGUCCUUUGGGAACUUUAACAUUCCAGCUGUUACACAUCUUGCCCUUUGAUUCCUCUCGAAAACGAAUGUCUGUGAUAGUUAAGCACCCAAUUUUAAAGCAGAUUGUGAUAUACACAAAAGGAGCAGAUUCUGUCAUCAUGGAUUUACUGAAGUCUGAAUCAACAGGAGACCUUCAAAGGAAAAGAAUUAAGGAAAAAACACAGAUGCACUUAGAUGAAUAUGCUAAAAAAGGACUACGCACUCUCUGUAUAGCUAUGAAGGUUUUGAGCAGGCAAGAAUAUGAAGAAUGGUUAAAAGGACAUUAUUUAGCAGAAAGCAGUAUAGCAAACAGGGAAGAGUUGCUCUCUGAGUCUGCCAUGAAGCUUGAGAACAACUUAACAUUGCUUGGUGCCACUGGGAUUGAAGAUCGCCUGCAAGAUGGUGUUCCAGAAACCAUAGAGGCACUCCACAAAGCAGGAAUUAGCAUCUGGAUGCUGACAGGUGAUAAGCGUGAGACAGCCGUCAAUAUAGCGUGUUCCUGUAAAUUAAUAAAUCCAGUUGAUCAAGUCUUCACCCUCGCAGCUGAUAGUCUGCAUGAUUGUGAAAACACGAUAGACAGCAUUUUAGAAGACAUCGGGGCAACUCUUGAUUCUAGUGAAAGGCAUGACACACAUACCUUGAGAGUCCGCAUGGCUUCAGUAACUCACAGUCUCCAGUCCAACUUUGUACUAGUUACAGAUGGAUCAACAUUAGAAUUUGCUUUGCACCAAAGACUGCAGAGUAAGUUUCUGCGGCUCACUCAAUUGGUCCAUGCUGUCAUCUGCUGCAGAGCAACGCCACUGCAGAAGGGCCAAUUAGUGAAGCUGGUCCGAAAGCAGCUGAAGGUGAUGACACUGGCUAUAGGUGAUGGUGCCAACGAUGUUAGCAUGAUUCAAAUUGCUGAUGUUGGAAUUGGAAUCUGUGGCCAAGAAGGCAUGCAGGCUGUGCUGGCAAGCGAUUUUGCCAUUUCUCAGUUCAAACAUCUCAGCAAGUUGCUCUUGGUUCAUGGUCACUGGUGUUAUACUCGACUGGCCAACAUGGUCCUUUACUUUUUCUACAAGAAUUUGGCAUAUGUAAACCUCUUGUUCUGGUUCCAGUUCUUCUGUGGGUUUUCAGGAACCCCCAUGACUGACUACUGGAGUUUGAUUUUCUUCAACCUUCUCUUCACAUCAGUACCACCCAUCAUUUAUGGUGUUUUAGACAAAGAUGUCUCUGCAGAAAUGCUUUUACGUAUGCCAGAACUUUACAAAGUUGGUCAGAGAAAUGAGCCAUAUGUGAAAUCAGCCUUUGCAGUCAACUUGCUGGAUGCUUUUUAUCAAAGCUUGAUUUGCUUUUUUAUCCCUUACUUUACCCUCCGUAAUUCUGAUGUAGACAUCUAUUCCUUUGGAUGUCCUAUGAACACUGCCAUGUUCUUUAUCAUAGUACUACACCUCCUGAUUGAAAGUAAUUCUUUGAAUCCGAUACACAUGCUUGUAAUAGCUGGUAGCAUCGUAUUGUUCUUUGGUGUUACUGGGAUUUUUGGAGCUACCUGUGUCCUCUGCAAUCCACCAGCCAAUCCAUAUUGGAUAAUGCAGAGACAACUGGGUGAUCCAAAGUUUUAUCUGAUUUGCACCAUCACAGUUCUUGCGGCUCUUCUUCCAAGGUAUAUGUUCAGGGUGAUCCAGAACACAGUAUUUCCAACGCCCCUGCUGAAAGCUAAGCAGUUUGACGUAAAGGCCCAUAAAGGAUGGAAGAAACUGCGGCACAGUGAAAAAAUAGACUCACUCACCGAGAGUUGAUCACCAGCAGGCACACAGGAAUUCUGUGCCUUCCCAUCCUGCUGACUCCACAAAAUAAGCUGUUUCAUCAAUGUUGUCAACACACCUGAUCCCAUUUCAUAACAGUUUUGGAGACAGCCUGAGCAAGAGUGCCUUUUCAGAUUCAUUAUCCAGAACCCAUAUGGCCAUGGUGGCAAGCGAGUUGUGAGGGCACUGGGAUGUUUUACACUCUCAAAGGAAUUCUGUUCUAGAACCUAUGAAGCUAAUGGUUCUUAAACUGGAAACCUGGAGCUCAUUUCUGAAGAGAACCACGCUGAAUAAGGCUGUUUUGGAUUCUUCCUAAGGCAAAUAGAAGCCUUUAACAUAUUCUUACUCUGACUCAUCCAAAACUAGGAGGGUCUCCCAUUAUUGUUCCUUUGCAUGCAGCCGCUAUCCAUUGCUUGCACUUUUAAAGAAAGCACUCAUAAUAAUUUAUUCAAGAUAUAAGUAGGCAUUAUGAAUUCUAGAAAUGCCAAAAAACCUGAUGUCCCUUGUCCCGUAUCAGAGAACUAAUAUGAGAAUUCAUUGAAUAUGACCAUGGAAAAGCUGCUGCUGAAGACUGGCUAGGUGGGGAGGCUUUGGGCUUUCUGAACUUUGAAAGAAUGUUAUUCUAUUUUAUUAUUAUAAUGCUCAGUUCUGGGACAUGGGGCAUUAGCAGUUCCUCCUGCAGACAGCUAUCUGCAAACAGCUAAGCAGUAUUCUUCACCAAGCAAGACUACUAGACUAAAUAUGGCAUGUUUGAAGCCAUUUCUCUGGAGAAGAAACCAGCAGAGGAUGUGGGACCGACAGAUUUCUACACAAGUGAAGCAUUUUAUAUAAAUUAUGAUGAUUAUGUGAAUGCGAGCGCAUAGUUUUACAUUUGCUCUUUUCAAAUAGAUAUUUCUAUUAUCUAUAGUACCUCCUCUGGUGUGGCCCUGCCUCUCUCUGUAACAGACUGGCUUUGAGGAGACCUAACUGUAAAAGGAGGCUCCAUGAAUACCAGUGGAAAGGUGUUUGGGAUUGGGGAUUCCCUUGGCACAGGGCUCCUCUUAGCUAUACUGCUGAACUUGAGAUAUUCUGAGUAAAUUUAUGUAUGGCUCCUUUUCUCUUGGGGAUUGCAUCAGGCCCUCAGUAAUCAUUUCUAAAAGUAUGGCUUAGAUCCUCUUCAGACCAUCUUGUAGUAGAUGCUAUAUAUUAUGAAGGAGCUACCCCUUCUAGUCCAAGUGUGUGUGUCUAAACACCAACCACAAAAAAGAUGGAAGAUGCAUCAGGAAAACACAGGAGAGUUAGUAGUAAGAGACAACAUUGUCUGGAACGUGAAGGAGACAGGAUAAUUGCCUAAUAAUAGCCUCAUCUGGAAGUACAUUUUUCUAGUUGGACUUCAUAUCCUAGAGGAGGGCAUGUUAAUCCCUGUAUCAUCAUAUCACAUUUCUUCAUAUGAAAAAUAAGAAAAGCCUGGCCUGGACAAACACACAGAUGGCUUAUUCUAGAAAGCCAGAUGCGUCAGAUAAAAGUUAUUAGGAACAAAAUUCAUUACCAUAUAUCAUGUUUUCAUUUUGUGACUUUAGCACUGCUUAUUGGAGGGGAAAUUGGAUAUAUUUGCUUCUUUGCAGAUGAGCUGCAAAAACAGCUACCACUAAAUAGCAAAAUAUUGACAUUAGUGUUCUGUUUUGAUUUUUUUUUUUAAGGUAGCCUGUUAUAGGAACCAGAGAAUGCUUCUUCCUGCUAAGUGCAGCAUGGAGGGUGUUUCAGGACUAUGGUUACAGACUUCUGACAGAAUUUAAUCUAACACAAAGAGGCCUCUGAGGAGUACAUUGAAAGUGAUGCUGAAGGCCAUUUGGAACUCAUACAAAGUUUGGUCCUCAAGUGGUAUUCUCUUUGGCCUUAACCUAGCUAAACUAAUUGAAACAGGUUGAACCAGAGUCACAACAAAUUAGUCCUGUUGCUUACAUGGGACAUAGAGAGCAUUCUCAGUGCCUGUUCUCUUAUUCCUGUAGUCAGGAUGGUGCUAUGAUACCAGUAAUUUUAUAAUGCAAAUUUGCAGAAGCUCAUAUGAUUUCUUUUUUUCAAGUAUGAACAUACAGAAUCCUGAUCCACUGCAUCAAGGUUACUAAUGAUGCCAUGACUGGGGAAGAGUUUUCCGUUAAGGAAUUAAGUGCCUCACAUUUCAGUUCUACAGUUGCAUGAUGACUAAUGUAAAAGCAUGAGCAGGAAAGGCUCUUAGUUUUGAAGCAAUAUUCAAAGCCCCCUCAGAAAGAAGCUUGUUGGCUAUCUCUCCAAGGAUGUAACUGCCUCAAAGAGGAAGAAAAGGAAUGUGCCAAGCUCAGAGGCUUAUGUACAUCUGGAGUGGAAAGCACUGAAUUGUGCCCUAAAAAGAUUUGAGAGCCUCUGGCUUAGGAUACUUUCAGCUGAACCAGAGAAGUCAGCAAUGUGAUGUAACCCUGGCCAGGAACAAUACCACAUUUGGCCAAAGAAAUCUCCUUGGGUUUUUCUGGGGAGUAGAACUUGGCUUCCAAGCCCUCACCCUGGAGGAAACCUGCCAGUCCAGCAGCAUCCAGAGGAAUCCCCAUUUUCUCCAGUCUCAGAGGAUGCAAGUGCCAGGGGCUUGACCAAUGCUGGACAAGUAGCUUUGUAUGGUGCUGACCACCCGCUACUGGGACAACACACGCUGCCCAAAGCUAAAGACUUAGCCAGCACUUGAGGUGAGGGAACAACUUCUUUUCUCAGUGCUGGCCGAGUGGCUUUGUAUGACAGGCGCUUCAGACAGUGCUGGGAGGAACACUUGCUCCUUCCAACACUGACUGACUGCCCUUUUCCUUGCUGAGAGACACAUCAGAUCCUCUCAUUGUGAAGGAAAAGCAAAAUGGGCCGAAGAUACACAAUGACAUCAUUCAACCCUUGAUGUCACUGGACCUGCGUAGGGCCCAACAAAAGGUAAUUGGACCGCCUGUACAAUUCUGGUUCAGCACUAGAGCUAUAUGGUGACAUCCAAUGGCUGGUUCAUGCUUUGAUCACAGGCUAGAAAUUGGCCAUGCCCACUUCUAAGGCCAUGAAGUAAAGCUUUCCCAGGGUUCCACAUUUCGUGGAGAAAUAGGUAUAUGUGAUUAGCAGCACUGGUCAUAAGCUCGGCGAUGUCGAUCAUCUGUGAAUUGUACCUAGCUACAUUAACUUAAACCUUAACUUCUGUUUAAACCAUUGUGUUCAAGGGUGUUCUUUCCAGUCUGCCACAAAAAUGCAUGUUUGAAUAGAUAUAAGUAAAGUUAAAUUAAUUGUGAAAUUUUACAUAUGUGUAACUGAAAAUACAAAGAAGCUGGAAAUGGUUUUAGUUAAUGUGCUGAAGUUAUGCCACAUCUGUAGAACAACAGCAAAAAAUAUAUGAUACUGAAAUGUAGAAAACAACAACUGACUUGGACUAAAUGGGCAUGGUAAACAAAUGGAAAACUACAUUUGUGUAUACUGUAUGUCUGAAAAGAGAUUCCAGAUACCCUUGUAUCAUGACCUAGGCAAUCAGUACAGGAAAGGAGAGGUGAAUUAAAAAAAAACAUUGAAGCUGGCCUGCAUUCACCAUUCCAGCCCUUUUAAGGGGCCAUGGAGAGGUAUGCAAUCCAAUAGUGCCACCUAUGGGUCAUUAAAAAAAUAACUCUACUACUUUGAUGCCCAUGGCAUGUUCCAAACACAUCUUUGAAAUGGAUCCCCAAGAUGUUACGAUGAUAAGAUGUAAAUUUGAUGGCACUGAAAUGAGUCACCAUUCCACAAUAUAUAAAUACAUUAUAAUAGUUCAAAUACCUUAGUGGCUCCCUGAUUUAUUAAUGGUUGGUCCCAGGUCCUGACAAACUUUCAUCUGGGCCAGGGUAGUGGUCAUACAUUGACUGAUGAGACUGCCAGACAAGGCUUUUUUCUUGUGCAGUCACCCUGCCUUAAACACAGAAUUUUACAGGAGAACCAGAUGAUAUCAUGCUUUAUUUGCAACCCUUCCUAUGUAUUCCCACAGCUUCUCCCAUCUUUUUUCUUACCAUAAAAAAAUCCAUUGAGGACGACAAGACAGAAUAGGUAUACAGUGCCUUUUGACUGGUAACACUAAAAGCUCUUUGUAUGGAAGUACCCUGAGCCAAGAAGCUCAUUUCCCACCAUCUUCCUGCUGGAAUACUUGAUCACUGCUAUGAGUAACUUGCUCAAAAACCUUAUUCAGGGUGAUCUGCUCCUACAAGGGUGGGAAGCUGAAAUGGUUUUUGUUCACAGAUCUUUUUUUUAAAAAGUAAAUAAAUACAUGCAUUUUUGCUUUAAAUGGGGUUGAAACAAAAACAGACUUGUUUGUUGACUUGACAUGGGUUGCAUAUGCUGCUUCACUGGUGGCAGUAAAACAAUAUUGGACCAGGAAUCCUAUCAAAGAAAGGGGGGUGUCUCCUCUUAUAAACUUUGGAUACAAUGGGUUGCCUAUGUAUGGCCACCCAUGUGGAAAAAAAUGACUGGAUCAGAAGAGUGACAUCUGGUACUUUAAAACCCACAGAAAGCAUUGGCAUGAUCAUACAGAAAGGGGGGGAGCAGUAUAAAAAAAACUAGUGCUAUAUAUAGAAAUAAAUCUUUUCAGCGCAUAUUGUGGAGGAAAUUAUUAGAAAAUACACUGCAGUACUGCAAGUUGAGCCUCAGCACACAGUUUUUCUUUAAAGAGUGGCAGGGAGAAUAGAACGAGUUAAGAAAAGAAAGAUCCAAAAAGACCAAGAAGUGGGGGGAGACCAUCAAACUCAGCCAGGGGACAUGGGGAGUAGCAGUGUUUUAUAGGUAAUUAGUGAGCGAAGGCUGGAAAACUGGGAAGUUUAGGACAGGGCUGAAUUUGUCUGCAAGUCCCCCUAGGUCACAAUCCUAUGCAUACUGAAAUGGGAAAAACCCUACGAUUACCAGCAUACCCCAAGCAGCCAAUGCCUACCAGAGAAUGCUGGGAGAUGUGGGACUUUUUCUUCAGCGAGCACAGGAUGGCGCUCCUUAUUUUAACUUAGAAAGUCUUUUCUUACUGUAAUCCAGUGCCCAUUACCUGGGACUAAACCUACUGAAGUCAUGCAUAGUAUAUGAAUAGCAAAUUGUAACAGUUCAUAGGAUAAUGAUGCAGCAUCACCAUGGUGCUCAUUUUUCAGUCUGAUGCACAAGUUAGUUCAUGCAAAUUAUCUUAGAUCUGAGUGAAGGCUAGAAUGGAAUCUUACAUAAAUUCAACAUGAACAAAACCAUUGUGGAUAUUAUAUUUUAAAUCAUGAACACUUUUGAACUUAGGUUUACAUAUGUUCUUGAAAAAUAACUUUUAAAUAAUUACAAUAUUACACAUUGUUUAUAGAUGUUAAUGGUAAAAAUUCAUUUUUAAAGUUAAAAAAUAAACAAGAAAAAGCCCCCAUCCAAUUGUAUCCUAACUGGAAAUUCUGUCUAAGAAAAUUCAAAUUAAGCAAAUGUGCAUUUUUGCAUGGCAAUCUGAAUUAGGAGAAAGUGUUGGGAAUUCCACUGUCCACCCAAUCGCCAAUUAAUUUCAGUGUUGCCUUGCUGAAAUCAAGGGAACAACAGAUACAGUUUGUACUUACUUCAGCUCAGAUUUUUCCCUCUGUGGAUAUGACAGUCUGAUCUGUCCUAAACUGGCCAGCAUGCCUGUGAUAAGCUAUGUAGAUUACCUCACAUUCCAGGCAUGCUGGUAUUUUGUGCUUUUUGGUGGUUCAGUGCACAUGACAAAAGUGCCAUAAUGAAUUUCGUACAUGCAGUAAGAAAAAUA